AUGGACUUCUUUUCUCGACUGGAUCUUCAGGAGUGCCUCCAAACCUUCUCGGUUUUGCAUUGGAUCCCAUUCUAUGUAUUGUUAGGAACAAUCCCUAUUUUAUUUAUGCCUUACCUUCUGAUUUUCACUAAGUUCUGGACCUUGGCCAUGUUCUGCUUAGCCUGGCUUGCCUAUGAUUGGAACACUCACAGUCAAGGUGGUAGGCGUUCAGCUUGGGUACGAAAUUGGACACUCUGGAAGUAUUUCCGAAAUUACUUCCCAGUAAAGCUGGUGAAGACUCAUGACCUCUCUCCAAAACAUAACUACAUUAUUGCCAACCACCCUCAUGGAAUCUUUUCUUAUGGAGCCUUCAUUAACUUUGCCACUGAGGCUACUGGCUUUUCUGGGGUAUUCCCAGCCAUCGCCCCCUCUCUAGGAACUUUGGAGGGGAUAUUCUGGAUACCAUUUGUGCGGGAAUAUGUUAUGUCAAUGGGUUUGACUCCAGUAAGUGAAUCAGCUUUGAAUUACUUGCUGACCCAGAAAGGCUCAGGCAAUGCAGUAAUUAUCAUAGUAGGUGGAGCUGCUGAAUCCCUCCUUUGCCGACCAAGAAUCUCCACCAUCUACCUCAAGCAGCGCAAAGGCUUUGUGAAGUUGGCAAUGAAGACUGGGGCAUACCUUGUCCCUUCCUACUCCUUUGGAGAGAAUGAGGUUCACAAUCAGAAGACUUUUCCUGAGGGCACGUGGAUGAGAUUCUUCCAAAAAUUCUUACAGGAAAAAUUCAGGAAAAUCGUGGGUCUGAAUUUGUGUGCCUUCCAUGGACAAGGCCUUACUCGUGGAUCCUGGGGCUUCUUGCCUUUCAAUCAUCCCAUUACCACUGUUGUUGGGGAGCCGGUGCCAAUCCCGAGGAUUCCAAAGCCCAGCAAGGAGACGGUGGAUAAGUACCACGCACUCUACAUCAAAGCGCUGUGUAAGCUAUUUGACCAGCACAAAGUUCAAUAUGGAUUCCCUGAGACACAGGAACUGACAAUCAUAUAA